GAGGCUGGGGCCAGACUCCUGGCGAAUAGCAGCGCGCAGCCCGCCCGGAUUGGAGCAGCCACAUCACGCUGACCUCUGCCUGGGAUGUAAACCCCACGGGCCGCCACGGGCACAGGAGAGCUCUAGGCACCUCCGGGAAAGCCACCUCGGCCUCCCCCGCGCCCGGGCUCCAGCCGCGGCCGGCCCAGCCUCGACCUCAGCAGCGAUCAGCUGCGUCUGUCUGCGAGGAGCCGAGCGAGCCCGGUCGCGGGCGGGGAGCGUGCGUCGGUUCGCACAGGCUGCGAGAGGAGGGGCGGCGCGAGUCAUGGCCGGGGACAGCGAGCAGACCCUGCAGAACCACCAGCAGCCCAACGGCGGCGAGCCCUUCCUGAUCGGCGUGAGCGGGGGCACGGCCAGCGGGAAGUCUUCCGUUUGUGCUAAGAUCGUCCAGCUUCUGGGGCAGAAUGAGGUGGAUUACCACCAGAAGCAGGUGGUGAUCCUGAGCCAGGAUAGCUUCUACCGAGUCCUCACCUCAGAGCAGAAGGCCAAAGCCCUCAAGGGACAAUUCAACUUCGAUCACCCGGAUGCCUUUGACAACGAACUCAUCUUCAAAACACUCAAAGAAAUCACUGAAGGAAAAACGGUCCAGAUCCCCGUGUAUGACUUUGUCUCCCACUCGCGGAAAGAGGAGACGGUCACCAUCUACCCCGCAGACGUGGUGCUCUUCGAAGGGAUCCUAGCCUUCUAUUCCCAGGAGGUCCGAGACCUGUUCCAGAUGAAGCUUUUCGUGGACACAGAUGCGGAUACCCGUCUGUCUCGCAGAGUAUUGAGGGACAUCAGCGAAAGAGGGAGGGACCUUGAGCAGAUUUUAUCACAGUACAUUACGUUUGUGAAGCCUGCCUUUGAGGAAUUCUGCUUGCCAACAAAGAAAUACGCUGAUGUGAUCAUUCCUAGAGGUGCGGACAAUCUCGUGGCCAUCAACCUCAUCGUGCAACAUAUCCAGGACAUCCUCAACGGGGGGCUCUCCAAGCGGCAGACGAACGGCUAUCUCAACGGCUACACCCCUUCCCGCAAGAGGCAGGCGUCAGAGUCCAGCAGCCGGCCACAUUGACCCCCGUGCCCCUGACUCCAAACCCCAGCCCCCAGCUCCAAGACACAGGAGGGGUCGAGAGGCUCUGGUCACCUGUACAUAUGCCUCCUCAGAAAAUUACUGUAUUUAAGAAAACACCACGGAGAUGAAAUGCCUUGAUUUCCCUUUCUGCCUUUUUGUACUUUGGAACAGCAAAUCUUGACGGAACUUGACCCUGAGCUUAAGUGACAAACUGUGCCAACUAGUACUGGUGAUGCCUAAUUAUGAACCCAACGUGUAACCAGUUAUAAAUACACACAUACAUACGUCUAUAUAAAAAGAAAGGAUCUAUUUUUGUGUAACUGUACAGAUACUGUAAAGCUGUUUGCCAUAAGUAUUCUGUAGGAACCUGUUCGUGGGUGUCGGGCCUGGAGCCCCGCCCGGCAGUGUUCUGUGCUCUGGCAACUGGUGAGUCGGGUGGUUGAUCAGUUGAUGUCCCUUGCCCUCAGCAUCCUGGACCUCAGUGGGGAUGGGACUCAACCCCCAGGGGCUCCCUUGCCAGAUGCCACCUCCUGGAAACUGGAGCCGAGGGAGAUACUUCUAUCUUUUUUUUUUUUUUUUUUUUCUUUUCCUUUCCUGUUUUCUGUUUUGUUUUGGAGUUGAAAUUAAGUGUGAUCUCAACUCACCUCAAUCUCAGGGAAGAGGCCCACUGAGGAAGAUCAGUCUGUCUGCGUUCCUUCCUCCCUUGCUCUGGUUGUCUGGGUACCUCCAUGACUCCUUCUUCCUGUGCUGUCUCUAUUUCCCAGGAAGCCAGAGCUGUCUCCGAGAGAAGGGGGUGGGGUGGGAGUCUGUCUCCUGCAGGGUGUAAGGGACUAGCUGGCCAAUUGCCUGACACAUUAUUGGAUAAAAAUACUUAUCUUAAUGAGCUUUGGUUAACGACAUCUGGUAUGGACCACUGACAUUUAUUCGAGGUUGCCCCAGGAGUUCCACCCAUGAAGCUAAUAGUUCUUUUGUCCCGUCUGAGCUGGGGCUGUACCCAGGAGGUGACAGCCGAUGCCUCCCCCCCUUCCCUGCCCCCCGGAGAUUUCUCUUGAGAAGCAGAAGCCUCAGGAUGAUUUCCUGAACCACACCGUCACCCUGUUAAUAAGGUGGCUGCCUAGCAGGAAGGGGCCGGGAGAAGAGAAGUUAUUUCUUAGAAGAUGUUAAAGGAGGGUAGUUAAAUCACGGGUACCCAAACUGGGGUUUUAGAUUGAAGAUGGCCAAGGUAGAGGCCUCAGUCUGUGCUGGCUGCAGAAGAGCCGUGGAUUGUCACGUUGGUGGUCACCAUCCUGCGCUUUGUGGGCCACAUGCUUAGUCCCUAACCCACGGGAGAGCCUCGUGUCUGGGCAGCACUCAGAGCCCACUAAGGCUCUUACUCCAAUACUCCACGAACCACACCGAGGUUCCCUCGAGCCAUCCCAUCUGUCUGAUUCCCCAAUCAGGAUUCAAAUUUGCCUUCAAUUCCGUUUUUUCUAUUUAGGUGUCAUUAACCCAGUCUUCAGCAGAGCUUUUGUCACUUUUCUGAGGCAGUAGGGGGCCGUGGUGCAGGCUCUGUAGCAAGUCCGCAUAAUGGUAGCUGCCUUUGGAGCAGGGAGCUCUCAGCUCGGGGCGCCUGUGGGGAAGAUGCACUCACCAAGGCAGAUCCAUCUAGAGUAUUUGGGGAAGCAGUCUUUAUCACAUCGACUUCUUGAAAUUCUGAGAUUAUAAGCGGUAGGUUAGGACCUGGCCUCAGAUCCCAAGAACAAGGACCUUGGCCUUGUGGGUCGGGGUUGUAUGUCGCAUGUGCUCAUGGGAAACCUGUUCCUGUGUACAGGAGCCUUGGCAGCUCAGUGGAUAGCACGCUCAACUUUACUUGAAGCUUCCAGGUGCCAAACCACUUCGUGCCUUGGCUGUCUAUCCCACUGCCGUGGAAAAUGGAGUCUUCUCAUCUCUGAGCCUUUACUUAGCUGUUCCCUCAUCUACCCAUGGUGUUGGGACCAAGCCUCCAAAACCUCUGAGCAGCCCACUUGUUGUAGCUUGGACACAGCUGUAGGACCACCCUACCCCUAUCUCCUUGGGAAGUUCUGGAUUGGCUAGAAGCAGUAUUUGCUGGGUAUAGGAAAGGGAUGGACGCUGUACUGUUUUCAGGCCGCCCAGCUUUUGGCCAAAUUGUGCAUUUGAACUUUCUACAGGAAACAUUGUGGUCUGAGCCUUGGGGUUUUGGUUUUGCCAUUCCAUUGGAGAAUUGGGAGGUAAAGGGAACUGGAAACCAUGGCAUUUGUCAUCUGGGGACUCCUAGCUGUUACAGAGAGGAAGCCGAGCUGGGCACAACCUUGAACACAGGUGCACAAAUCCUUCCACUUGAGAGCCACUCAAUGGUGCUUGCUUCCUCCACCCGUUCACGUUAUGUCUUUGGCCUGAGUGUUUAGGAAACAAAAAUUUUGAGUCUUGUGUCACAGGAAGGUCCGGCCUUACACCUCAUCAUGUUAAUGCACCCCCCCCCCCCCAACUUCUCUUUGAAUAACCUAAGGCUGGAAAAGAUAGGCAUCUGAUCUGGCCAGGGUGGAAAAUGCCCUGGGGAAGGGAGUGGAGCAGGUUCAAGCCUUGCGGGGAGGGCAGUGGCCAAGUCACCUGUCUCUGAACGACCAUGGGGGAAGUUGGCUCCAUCUUGCUCUCUCCAGGGUGAGUCUCUUGGGAGGCCACUGGGUCAGGAGUGCCCCUGAGUAGCCAAAAGUGGAGACCCGAUCAACCUUGACCUCAAAGCCCCGCCACUGUAGAGGAGGAAUGCAGUCUCUGGCAGGGAAAUGUUUUUCACUGCGCUUGGAACCUGUGUUGUUCAUGUCCAAGAGUCUCUAAAGAAUGGGCUGAUUUUCAGGAGGCUGGGGUCAGCCUCUGGUACACGCAGGCCCAUGCUUUCUGGGAAGGGCCAGCUGGCCAUCUCUGUCUCUUUGCCACUUACACUUUCUUCCGGGCCAUUGCUGUAUGCUUUGCAUCAGGACAAGGAAGAAGGCAGGUUGGAAAGGCACACUUGGAUGGAUGCAUCUAGUAGUGUACACAAGUCCCUUUUAAGUUUCUGGCUCUGGGCCUGCACGGUUCUCACGGUGCCAGGCACAGGUGACGCCAGGCACAGGUGGCGGGUUUCAGGGGCGUCCUGUUUCUCUCGGGCAGUGAGUUCCCACCCAGCCUGGCCUCUGGAGCAAGGUUGGGUGGACUAGAGACUAGGCCCUUCUUUCCCUGGAAGAGGCUGCCUCUUCCCGUCUUUGCUUUUUGCUGCCCUGCCUUUGUUUGUGCUAUGAAAUGACCACACCCUAUGUACUUGGCUGUAAAUAAAGACAAAUAAAAACAAUGAA